AUGGCGCCAUUUUUCAGCUGGCUGAUGCUUUUCAGCCUCUUGGGGGUUGGUCAUGCCUCGGCCCAAAGAUUCAACCAGGAAGAGCAAAAUCGGAAUGCAGACUGUGACAAUGGCUGCUUCUUUGGUAGCUUCCCGGGGGGCUCUUGUACGAAUGACGCAGCGUGCAUGUGCACGCAGCAAGAGUACCGCGAGAGAUACUUUUGUUGCAUGGCAGAGAAGUGUGCAGCUUCAGUAUUGCCUGACUCUAUCCAAAGGCAAACGCUAGAGUGUGAAGCCAGAAACAUGGAAUUCACCUUUGACGUGGAAAAAGUCUGCGGCAUCAAGCUCACCACCACCUCUUCUGCUGUCUCGUUCACUGCACCUUUUAGGGUCUCUUCUACAGUCAUUAGUGGCUCCGAUGAGUCUUCAACUACAUCUACCCUGGCUUCAACAGCAUCAACGCCCGAAACCACCACCGACGCGUCUUCUGCUGGCACCUCUGAGGCAAGUUCUGCGGGAAAUUCUGCGCCAACUACGAAUAGCGGGUUGCAAUUGAAAGCCAUGGUGAAUGGUAUUGCGAUAACUGCUGCCUUGUCAGGAAUAAUGCUCUGGUAA